UACGAAAUCUAAUUAUUUAUAUUUCCAUAUUUUUAAAUACAAGUGGACAAAAAUGAAAAAGACUCACCGUCUUCAACAGCAGAAAGAAAGUGAAAUCCCUAGAGCCUCGACCCAUUGAUUAUUUUGCUCCGACUCCCUGUGUCUCUUCCUUUUUCCUUCAUCGGCGGUUGCUGUUGUGGUCCUCGUCCUCACACCAUCGCCGGCUUUCGCAUCGCUUCUUCCUCUGGCAGAGAGUUUUCAAGUUAUAGGUAAGCAAUCUUCAGAUCUAGAUUCAAACUAACAGCCCUUUAGUCUUUCUACUUUCGCUUCCUCUUCUCCUUUCUCUUCAAAACCCUAAUUGAGACUCUAAUUUCGUACCUCUUGUUCCAAGAACUUCUUGAUUCUCCGCUCAUUGCAAAUACUGCGGAUUUCUAUUUGUUUGUGUCACUCGAAUGACAAUGGCAAUCAAUCAAAAUUGGCUUCUCAUGUCUUACCUCUUUUCUCUGACUCUCUCCCGGUCCGUGUUAUUCAUGGAACCAAGCAACGUCAUCUGCGUCUUCUGGCCGGGCAAUCAUUUUGACUGGAAAUGCAAGAGUCAUCUUUUCUUUUCCGUCUACUACGGACCUCAACAUCAACCCUAGAUUAGGCUUUCGAUUUCACCAUACUUGAGUUAGUCGGGGAUUCAGCUCUUGUAAUGGCGUCACUUUUUACCGUUGUUCCCCUAAGUCCCUUCGUUCGAGCUGCAUCUCACAAAAUGGAAGAGGCUGGAGCUACUCUGCUUCACUUCUCAUACCAUGGACUAGUAAUCCUUAGUUAGUUGUUUCUCGGGCGCCUCCCAAAUCACUGUAGCUAGUAUGUGUUGUAUUUGCUAAUCCAAUCCCUCAUUUUGCUUCCAUGCCAUAAAUACUCAGUCUAACUGUUAGGUUAUAGAAGAAAUGGGAGGUUUUGGUUUCAACUACGUAUUGCAUGUGUCGUUUGCCUUUAUGAACCCCUUUGCAUAGCGACGGUUUUGACCGUUGCUAAAAGUCCGUAUGACUGUCGCUAAAUAACAGUUUUGUUGUAGUGGAAAUUCGAUGUAUUAUGACCACUUUUAGAGUUUGGUGCAUUGAAUGUCUCAAAUAAAAUAAAAAAUUAUUAUUGUGAUGAAAGAAAAUGGGUUGUUUCUACUAUAAAUGACUGAUCAGAGUGCAGCGGGUUCCAUACCACACAGUUAAUCCAUCGCGACCAAAUAAAAAAAAAUAGGUCCAGUGUGGUCGAGGAAGAGAGAAGAAGAAGAAGAAGAGAAAAAAAGAGCCAUUAUGUCUCGCUUCGUGUUGGACUCCAACAACUUAUGGCUGGUCGGCAACUCCGACGGCACGAUCGCUGUCCUCGACGGCCCGGACGUGGCCGACCUGAACCCCAAAGACGUGACCGGAGACGUGAGCAAGUGGCAGCUAAUGGCUCGAAUCGGCACCAACUCGGCCUCCACUCACCAGGAUCUGGAAGUCUUCGGCGUCGUAUUCGCGGGCCAGAAGCUGGAAGAGUUGAGGAAGAACAACUACGACGACCAAGUCACCGUGCCCCGAGAAGGGUUCAUGAUCCGGUGGCUCAACCCUAGUGGCAGCAAGGGACCAAAGGAAGGAAAUCCCUACCGCCGCCUCAACGAUCUCUUCGACUGGUCCAAGCAUGGUGUUGAGGUCCCCACUCCGGUCGCGACGGAGUGGGACCGGUACCAGUUGGGGACCGGGGAGCUAAUGGCGGAGGGCUCGGGUUUGGUAAACCUGGUGAAAGUCAAUGAGGAGCUGGAGGUGGAGAACCAGACGCUUCGGGAUGAGAAGGACUUGGAGAUCAGGGAGUUGAACAAGAAGCUGGUCGAGGGGAAAGGUGGCGGCGGCGGUGAUGAUGAGAAGUCUGCUGCGGACAAAGAUAAGGAGAUCGCCGUCAAAGAUGAACAGAUCCGUGUUCUCAAGGAGGCGCUCAAACUCUUCAUCUAAGCUCCUCCUAUUCGCUUAUCUGUUAUGUUCCGUAUUUCUUGUUAUUGUAUGUGCAUUCUGGCCCUCCGACCGGCGGGUAGGUUACUUUGUGUGUAUCCCAUGCUUCAUUUAUCUGCGUAUGUGUGUUGUUUAACUGGCACUUACUUAGUAACCAAUUAAUGAAUAAAAAUUGAACUC